AUGAAGUCUACGGCUGACCUCGCAGCUCCGAAAGAAGCGAUGUCUGAUCAGAAGAGAAGCGUGGACGAUGAGCCUGCAGAAGACUCUCCACCACCCGCAGUGAAGUGGUGGCGCAUCCGCCCGACGGUGGAGCCGCUGGUGGUGCUCUUCAUGUUCUCCUACGUGACGACACACUCGGUGGUCAGCGGGCUCUUCCUGGAUCGCGUGUGCGGCUCCAGCGACCCCGACGUGUGCACCAACGAGCACCGCGCCUACUCCAGCACGCUCACCACCUGGAAAGGCAUCAUCGAGGCAGUCGUGCCAGCCGCUGUGUCACUCUUCAUCGGCAGCUGGAGCGACAAGUUUGGACGGCGUCCCAUCUUCAUCUGGUCGUUUGCCGGGAACGCCAUCAGCUAUGGCUUGUUCUCUGGGCUGUCUGCGAUUCCAGACCUAGCGCCAGAGUGGUUGCUGAUGCCGUCCAUAGUGGCCACCUUCAGUGGCGGCAUGAUGAACCUCAUGGCUGUAGCCAAUGUCUACAUUGCUGACAUCAGCCCUGUGGGGCAGAAGGAGCUCAGACUGGGCAUCCUGGACGCCUCGAUGUACUCGGCCCAGAUGGUGGCGUCAGGGCUGUCCUCGCCGCUGUACUCGGCCCUCAACUACCACGGGAUGUUCGCGCUGGCCGCCGGCUUCAUGUUGCUCUGUCUGCUCUACUCCAUCUUCCUGCUGCAGGAGACAACUGCGCCCUACACGCCGUCUCAAGACGAGAGCUGCGGCUGCUGCAAGGGGAUCUUCCGCCCCCAGCUGGUGCGCGACGCGCUCAAGACGUCCCUGAUGAAGCGGCCUCACCACGGGCGCUCAGCCAUCCUCAUCGUCAUCUUCGUGGUCGUCACUGGUGUCCUCAUCUCCCAAGGAGAAGGCAUAGCCAACUACCAGUUCGUGAACGCCAAAUUCCAUUGGACGAUAGACCAGAACCUUCUGUAUGGAUUCUUCAACAAUGGCACCACUGCUGUAGGAACCUUGGUGGGCGUGAUGGUGUUCGUGCGGUGGCUCAAGUUGGGCGACGGCUGGAUAGCCCUCAUCACCUUCUCCUGCAAGAUCGCUGCCUCCAUAAUUUAUGCCAUAUCACCAGAGUCCUGGUUUAUGUUUCUGGAGUAUAUUCAGAGGAAGCAUCGUGCAGCUGUAUUCUUCGCCAUGGCCACCACUCCGCCAGUCCGGCGCUACAGGUCUCCCGCGAAUGAAAUGUGUUCUGAUUUGUUUGCAGGCGGAGCCAUCAGUUGCUUCGGAGCCUUGAUCUGGGUUCUGGCCAGGGCGAUGCUGACGAGGCUGGUCGCCAAGGACGAGAUAGGCCAGGUGUUCGCGCUGGCGGUCACCCUGGAGGCGUUGACUCCUCUGGCGGGGCCUCCCAUCUACAACGCCGUCUUCAAGGCGACCAUCGAUUACUUCCCUGGAGCCUUCCACCUUUUGUCCGCGGGGAUCAUGGCACUCGACCUCGCUAUGCUGCUGAGAAUAAAUAAUGUCGAGAAGAAGAUAAUGUUUAAAGGAUUUAUUAAUGAAGAAAAUAAGGGCGCUGCGUGUGUGAAGAUGAGGCUAAUGCGUUUCCGAGGAGAAGAGGAACUGGCCACUUAUGAUGAUUCUGAGGAAGAUCCUGCUCUGCGAGAGAAGAAUAAUGGUGAAGAUGCUCUGACUGGUAUUCGAAUCAAGAUUCAGACGUCAGUGAACUUGACAGAAGCAAAAAGAGAGGAAUAA